AUGGCGAAUUUGUGUCCACCUUUGAGUGCAGGUGAAGACACGUUCGAGCUGCACUCGUUGCUGGAGGCCGUGGAGAAGCAGAUUCAGGAGCUGUUGGUGAGGCAGACGGAGCUGAGAGAGCGGAGAGCCGCUCUGGAAUCCUCCCGGGUGAGUAACGUUAUACAGCGCGAUACUAACACUCUGACCACCUCUACUCCGUGUGCUUCUCUGCACAGGUCCCGUGCACCCUGGACGCGAUCUUCCCAGAUGUCCUUCACUCCGGCGCCGGGACACCACGGACCCUGGGUGCAGCAGCAGCGGAAGACGCGAGCCAGGCCCCGGCCGAGGACCUCGCCCCCUCCGCCGCCUCCGGUCUUCGAGAUCUCCACCCGGAACCGCUUCGCUCCCCUCCGCGAGACGGGACGCGACGCUGUGAUCGUCGGAGACUCCAUUGUCCGGUACGUACGUGCUACUCUAGCUAAAGGUAGAGUCCACACCCACUGUUUUCCUGGUGCUCGCGUUCUCGAUGUUUCUGCGCAGAUACCCGCAAUCCCGAAGGACGGCGAGAGCGUCGGCGCGAUCGUCCUGCACGCGGGGGUGAACGACACCAGGCUGCGGCAGACGGAGGUUCUGAAGAGGACUUCAGCAGCCUGAUCGAGACGGUUCGCAGCACGUCGCCCGCGACGAGGAUCAUCGUGUCAGGACCGCUUCCCACGUAUCGACGUGGGCACGAAAGGCUUUUCCGUGCUGAUGGCCUGCACCCCAGCAGAGUCGGAGCGGAACUGCUGUCGGACAACAUCUCCAGGACGCUACGCUCCAUUUGACUAGAAUUCACAAGCUCCAGUGUGGAUCCAGAACACUUAAGAAGAGUUGAUGCCAACCCCACAGAGGACUUCAGAUGAUGCCAACCCUGAAAACAUACUGCACUACCGAAUUCUGCUACUAAUUUAUGGUGUUCUUUGUCUGUUUGAUUACAUCGUUAAUUGAUCUUUACCACACAUCUCUGCCAUAUGUACAUCAAGCUACUACUACAUAUAUUGUAAAAAUGUCAAUUUUGUGUAAAGCUGCUUUGCAACGAUAUGUAUCGUGAAAAGCGCUAU